UUGCUGCCCGCGGCGGCCACAGUUGCGCGAGACAACCUGCCCGGAGUACCUUCUUCUUGAUACCGCGGUCCAGCCUUUUCCGUAUCUGACCGUGAAACCCGCGAAAAGUCAUGUCGUGAAAUAGCGCGAACGGGAAAAACAAUACUGUAGGGCGAUCGCGCGCGAGUGCGUGUGAAGGGAAAUUGUCAGCGCGCGUCGAGGAGAGCGCAAUUAUCUCGUAUGAUAAACGCGCGGCCCGCUGGCACAACGUUGUUUUGUUCGAUUAUAAUGAGUGUGAAUUAUAUGCAACAAUGGACGUCGCACAAUUGGCGUAAGGUACAGUUUUUCCGAAUCUACAGUAUGAAGAGUCAUCAAGAUUAUGCUGGUUUCAACUUCUGAUGAUUACAACGCUACAAUUAUUAUCAUUCACGAACGACGCGUGUAAUGUAACGGAAUAUUUUUUUAAUUCACAUGUUACUCCUUUAUUUUAAAUCGAGAAAUUAUUUUGAAUAAAAAAAUCAACAAGUAUAUUUGGUAAUAUAUAUUAUAUGCUUAAUAAUUGCAACAUAAAUUAAAGCACGCGUUUGUUUCACUGUCGAAAUAUUUGCGGCAAUUUGAUGUCAUCGGUAACCAUAAAAAUUUAAUGGUAAAAAGAUAAAAAUUCAAAUGGCUGAUCAAGAACGAUGCAUUGUUUGGUGAACGAAACAAAUUCCCGAUAGCGUAAAAAUGGCGACCGCGGGAGCAGUCGAUGGACUACGGUAUCCUCGACGAUCGAUCGUUCGAUUCGGCUUCUAAAUUGUUAGACAGAACCGCAAAGACAAUCCGACUGCGCACUCAUCGUGCCGCGAAACAGCGUGACUAUGUGACAGUUUUGUGAUUAGAUUGACCUCAAUACGCGCUGGACAUCCGGACGUACCCACGAGAGUGCUUGUAUCCUUAACCCAUCGCGAUCGAAUGUUAGUGAAUGCUUCGCGAUAACAAGUGAUUCGCGAUCAGAGACGGACAAAGAAAAAGCUGCAUCUCGCCUUCCGGACUAUUUUGGUGGAUGAUUCAGAGAAAAGUGACGUUUGAACGAUCAGCGCAGCAACAGUGAAACGUGUAUAGGUCCAUCGCGAAAAUUGUCACGUUGAACGAAGGGGCUCUUUGGUGAUGUACGACAGCGCUAGCUGUUCGUACGCAGGUGCGCUCGAAUUAAAGGGAGCCUCCGGGGCCGGAGCCGCGGCCGCGGCCGCCGCCGGUGUAACCGCGGCCGGCGUCAAGCAGGAAAACUGGCCGUACCGCGGCCUCACCUGCGGCAGCACCUUUCAACGACUCAAGGAAAGCGUCGACAAGGCGAAGCAGGCCCUCGCCGAUCGCAGUGGUUAUCUGGCGGGUGCGUUUUCGCCGCCUCCGCGCGCCAACCCGUCCGCCAUUUCGCCCACCGCCUCCAUCACCGAUGCUGGCAGCUCUUACAAGGGAGGCUGGAGCCACGCCACGUCGCCGGCACCUGGUCAGGGCUAUGGAAGCAGCUUGUCAAAGACAGCACUGGACACGCACAGCCAUCUCAGGCAGCCUGAUCCCUACCAAAUGUUCGGGGCAACGAGCAGUCGGCUCGCGAGCUCUGGUUCUGGACAGAUACAGCUCUGGCAGUUUCUACUCGAGCUUCUGUCGGACUCGAGCAACGCCGCGUGCAUCACGUGGGAAGGAACCAAUGGCGAAUUCAAGUUGACCGACCCCGACGAGGUGGCGAGACGAUGGGGCGAGAGGAAGUCCAAGCCUAAUAUGAAUUACGAUAAAUUGUCGAGGGCUCUGAGGUACUACUACGACAAAAACAUCAUGACGAAGGUGCACGGCAAGAGGUACGCGUACAAGUUCGAUUUCCAGGGGCUGGCAGCCGCGACGCAGCCGGCGGCGGCCGAUCCAGCGGCGUACAAAUAUCAGAGCGAGCUCUUUAUGUCCGGUUACGGUCACGCGAAGCUGAACCUGAUGCCGCCGCCGGCGGCGUCGGUCUCGGUUUCCGUUCCCGGCGGCCUCUUUCAAUCGGCAUCGAGCUACUGGUCGACGAGCCCGGGCGCCAACUUGUACGCCGGCCAUCACACGGCCUCCGGACACGUGCCACCUCAUCUCGGCACCUAUCCGCAUUACGCAUGACCCGCCGCCGAGCACUGGGGUGCCUUGGGCACGCCGCGUUGAAAACGUUUCUACCGAAAAAGUACGGAGCCGCAUCCGCCACCGUCGCCGUCGCCGUCACCACCGCCGUCGGCGCCGUACGCAUGUGAAAACGUAAAUUGCGCACCACUCGGCCCCUUAUCCCGCCCCCCGCAGGCUUGGACCGCACAUUGUUUCAGGUACUUGCACGAAUCUGUCCAUACCGCGUACUUGCUUGCAAUUAUCCUUUCGCAACGGAUUUUUACAAAGCAAACAUCACGUUCUAACGAUCGAAAUUAAUGCGAGUAGCAGAGUAAGCGGUUUGACGAUUAAGUUUUAAAGUAUCUUUUUCUCCUGGGAAAAAGCAUGAUUAUGUGAUCAAUAUAUCGUCUCUCUGCUACAUUCGAUACAAUAGUUCACCAUUUUAAAAUUAUUUAUUUAAUAAACUAUCUCUUGACCGCAUCAAAAAUAUUAAAUAAUAUUUUAAAACAAAGAACCAAAAUAUCUAUCAAUUUCUUACUAAUAAAUUUAAUGAUGAAGAAAUUAUGAAAUUGUUGAAAGAUAUUUGCAGAAGAAAGGAACAAUAGCGCGUGCUAUUCUCUCUCAAAGUGAUACAAACAUUUAUUGAGUUGAAAGAACUUCCAACUGACAUCUCUACCGGUAGGUACACAUUUCAAUUGAAGAGUUUCAAGAGUGCUUCUAAACAUGGAAACAUAGGAUGUUUAUAACGUGCUGGAGAAGCCUACUUUGAAAGAGAUAUGUAACAUUAAUUUACAUGAAUGAGUCGCAUUCAAAUAUUCUAACUAAAUUUUAACGAUGAACUAAAUAUCAGACCAUGUAUUUAUUUUCUCUUAUAUAUCUGGAAAUUUCAAAAAAUUAAAUUUUGCGCAAGUCACUCGUGGAUAUGUUUACACGGAAUUUAAAGGAAGUAAAGGCAUUUACGCUAACAAAUAAUGAUAUACAACUGUCGGGUCGUAAGUAGUGAUACAGCUUUAUAAUCAAACGUAAGUAAUGGUAGACGACAAGCAACAGAUGCAGACAUUCGUUCAGUGACAUGCAUACAUAAAAUUCAUUAAAACGCGUAUAUUUUUAGAAAAAUAUUAUCAUAUUAUCAUAUUAGAACAACUUUAAACAGAUUUUGUGAUUAUUAAAGUUCUCCGUUGUAGAAAAAAAUGGAAAAAUUUAAUGAGGAAAAAGAUUUUCCCAAGUAUUUAUUCGAGUAGCAAACCUUUUCAAAUUUCAUAUUCGCGUAAUUUGUAGUGGUUCCUUCGCAUUUAUUUGUUAAAUAAUUGAGAUAACAAUGGAAAUAAGACACGCAUAUUGACGCGAGGAAUAUUUACGUAGCCGAGACGCGUUUGGACAGAUUGAACAUCGAAAUUAUGCGGUGAUCUUAACAAAGUGUGCAAUAUCGAAACAAACCUAAAGAGAGGCACCGUCACAAUUUUUUUGGUGCAAUAUCUAAACAAUGCGCCGCAAUCGGUGAUCAUUUAUGCGCCACCUGUGCCAGAGGCGAUCCUACGUAAUGGUUACACAACGGACUUUGAUUCGCGGCCGACGGGGUGCGCCCAGAAAAGAAAAAAAAAGAUUAUUGUAAGAACGUUGUACAUACAGUAUAAUGCAUUACGUUAGUACAGGGUGUGCGUCCGUGAGAAAAUUCGCAUGAAUCUGUUUACCGUUAUCGUGUUGCCGCUUAAAAAAAAAAAAAAAAAAAAACACGCGCAUCCUUGGAAAAAGUUUGCAUUUAAAAUAAGCAUCAAUCCUUCAAUGAUUCUUUGCCAAAUAUCUAUACCAAAGAAAAAACUAGCUUUCUUUACAGGUAGUGUAUCAAGUGACAAAGCAUGUAAUUUUAAACUUGUUAUAUAUAAAUGUUAUUUUUCUCUACUAUUUUCAUUUUUCGUUCUUCGACGUCAUUUGUUCAUCUUAUCUAGUCACGCAUGUAAUGUUUUUAAUUUCUUCAUCAAAAUGCGAAGUGAUAUCGUUCGCAAAGAUAUUAGCUUGACAGCAAGGUAUAUAAUCGCAUGACGGUAAAUUGAACAUGCGAAAUCAUUUGGUCCAAGGAAAAGUGAACUCGUACGUGAAAUAAAAAGUCGACAAAAUUUCACGAGCAUCGUCGGCGUUUACGAUUGGAUUAAAUCGGGCAUGUGUACAUUAAAACGCAAAACUUAUCACCGUGUCGCUCGAUAAUAAAUCACAAUUUCAAUCUCGCGGCUGUUCGUCCGCAGAAUGUACUCAUGUUCGAUUCAGACCAAAGCUAAUACGUGUAUCAUAAACUCUUUUAACUUAUUUGUUACAUGAAGAAAUGGGUAGAGAUGCUACAUAAGGAGUAAAUCGAGCGAUGGGCGUGUAAGAAACGAUUAUCGAACGUAUAAUAUUUCUACAACCAUUCAGUCAACACGUCGGUGCUUGCUUAAGCGUAAAUCGCUCGUUCCUUUAACGUAACAUUUUACAACGAAAAAAAUCGCGUUAACCGUGUAUUCUCAUUACUCGUCAUCGAGAGAGGUAAUCAAAAAGUACAACGUUUAAGUCAUAUCAAUUGACGGCACGCGCAAUCAGAAUCGAACUUUCACCCCAUCCUUUUUAGAAUCGCGUGAAAUAUGUGGCCGCUCUACCCAUAUCGAGACGAAGGAUGGAUUACCGAAACGGAAUUCGAUCCUGAUCAGACAGCGCAUCCAGAUUCGUAUUUCGGAGCCAAGAUUGUCAUAUUGAAUCGUAUAAUAACAAUCGUUUCUAAUCUAUUCCCGAAAAAGUAGCCCUACGAGAAUAUAAUCUCGGAAUACCAUUAAAUGCUGAAAUUCUUUUGCACUGUCUAACAUUAGCUACGUAUUACUGGUCAAAAAAGUUACGCAUAUUGCAGUAAUACAGAUUUCUUAAAGAAAUAAGUAUCAUUUCAUUGAUUUGAUAUUUAAAAUCUACUGAUAAAACGAUAUUCUUUAAUUAUAUCUUAUUGUGAGUAAGAGAACGAAACAAAGAUCUGAUAAUUUGCCUGCAGAAUUUUAAUUAAAGUUAUUCGAGAAGCAUAUAAUAUUUGAUAGUUAAUAAAGAAAAAUAGCUUUACUGUUUUAAAGAUUAUACAAUGUGUUUAGUGCUUAAUCUCUUUUCAGUUUUCAAUCAUGAUUCAAUAAAGAAAAAUAUAAAUUUCAAAAAGAUUCGAUGAUAACGUCCGAUGAUAGCGAAAGUACAGAGUCUAAUGUAUUUUGAAUAAACCAGGAAUUAAAAAACCAAUUUUUAAAAAAGGAAAGAAAGAAUGUGCAGUCCUACAUAGAUUGGCCGUAAUAAGUAUUGACAAUAUGCAAACUUUUAUCUGACCUUUGCUUGUCACUAAUCUUUUUUCAAUGAUCUAAACACCGAUGCUUAAAAAUCUCUGAAAAGCGCGAACAAGCACAUCAAGUGCCCGACGGACAGCUAGAAGAACAAGAAGAGAUGCGAUUUUCCAUCGCGAAUGUCGCGGCUUCCUCAUCGACGCGUGUCGGCAAUCCAUCCCCGGAAGAAGGAAGGCGUACCUCGUAUCGGAGAGAAGCGUAACUCCUUAAGACGUAUACUGUACCAUAUUAUUCAUAAGUGGCCCUAAGCAUUCCUAGAGUAAUUUUAACGAUUAGCGCGGCCCCCGGACGGCCCGUGGGACCGAUCGUGCAAUCGGCACCGCGACGGGAAACGGUCGUUAUCCAGCAGAUGGUUUCCGGAUCGGUCCGACGGGUCGCGAGCGCAAACGGCGCUCAUGUAGAUAGGGUGUUUUCAUGUGUAGCUUAGGCGUGUAGAGAUUUUAGUCUUAGCGCGAGGGUGCGACGAAAAGUGAGUAUCAGGAACGAGAGAGAGAGAGAGAGAGAAUGAAGUAAAAGCGUGUGUAUUAUGUGUAUUUGUAUGCGAUGUGAGCGCAUGUGCUCGAGCAGGCGUGAUUUCGAGAAUGGAGGUGAAUAAUAAUAACUAAGCGAUGACUAUACGAUGACGACGAUGACAAUGAUGGAUGAGUGGAUGAACGAGGGAUGUCUGGCACUAGCGUAGAACGCGUUAGGUUAGAUAGAUAAGCGAUCCCCCCCUCCCUCCCCCCGCCCGCUAUCGAAGGCCGAAGGACAUGGUUUCUCAUCGCUAGCAUGAUAGCGGAAAAGGCACAACGGAAUAGACCUGAGAGAAUCGCGGGAACCGCACCCGGGAAAUCGGGGGGAGCGCUGUUGUUGUUCUUGUUGUCGUGCGCUUGUAUUAAAGUCGCCAUGUUCUAAUUAAACGUGCCGACGGGGUUGUAUCAGUCGUCGGCAAAAUCAA